CGUUGGACGUUUGUGAUUUCGUUUUUCGUUUCAGUCCGAACUCGCUAGAGUUGGGACGUCAGUUGUGCGUCUUCAAUUCUUAUUACAUAGCAAAAAUAUCCCUUUUAUUUAUUUAACAAAACAAUUUCUGCAUUUAGCCAACAGUUACUAAGUACAAAACCAAUAUCGAGACUAAAAUCGUACCGCGAAGUGUUCAAAUCUCUCAACUACCGUCGGAUAAUAACUUUACGUUGUGUUUGGACUAGAAAAACGUGUUUUUACUGGAAAAAUUGAGUGUUUGUUUUUGUCGAACUGUAGGAAUUAUAUUCGUAGUGUAUGAAACUAGUGCGAAAUAGAUUGUGUGAUUAGCUGAAAGAACUAUCAGUUUCUUAAGUAUUCUUGGAAUUGCCCUAUUUGACCAGUUAGAGAACUUUGCAGGGUUGCCGCCGACCACCGCAUCAGUAGCGAGUCGCUGAUGUUUCCGAGACGCGGCGUGGAUCGUUAUCAGCCCUAUCAUUAGCCCCGCGCGGGUCCCAAUUACAUGGCUGUAGCGGGGCCAAGUUUCAACAGCUCGAGGUUGCCCAUGUCCGUGUCGAUGAGCCUGAUGCAGGGUACGGCGGCGGCGGGACCGGCGGCGAGCGCCGCUGCCGCCACCGGGGGCCAGCAGGGGGGCCUGCACGCCGCCGCCCAGCCCUACUAUCAUCCGCAGCACGCGGCCGCUCCGGCACACACCCAGGAACAGGUACAACCGGACAGGCCGAUCGGCUACGGAGCCUUUGGAGUUGUUUGGGCUGUGACAGACCCUCGAGACGGUAGACGAGUGGCCUUGAAAAAGUUACCAAAUGUGUUCCAGUCCUUAGUGUCAUCGAAAAGAGUAUUUAGGGAAUUAAAAAUGUUGUGUUUUUUCAAACACGAAAAUGUUCUUUCAGCGUUAGAUAUUCUUCAACCUCCACACCUAGACUUCUUCCAAGAAAUUUAUGUAAUUACGGAAUUGCUGCAAAGCGAUCUACAUAAAAUCAUCGUUUCACAUCAACCUCUAUCCUCGGAUCACAUAAAAGUCUUCUUGUACCAAAUACUUAGAGGUUUAAAAUAUAUACAUUCAGCUAGGAUAUUACACAGGGACAUCAAACCCGGCAACCUCCUAGUCAACAGUAACUGUGUUUUAAAGAUCUGUGAUUUCGGUUUGGCUCGAGUAGAGGAACCCGACGCGUCCAAACAUAUGACGCAAGAAGUGGUCACGCAAUAUUAUAGAGCGCCAGAAAUUCUGAUGGGCGCAAAACAUUAUACUGCAGCAGUGGAUGUUUGGUCAGUGGGAUGUAUAUUUGGUGAAUUAUUAGGACGGCGGAUACUAUUCCAGGCCCAAAAUCCAGUACAGCAAUUGGAGCUUAUCACGGAACUUUUAGGAACCCCUUCAUUGGAGGAUAUGAAGUACGCCUGCGAAGGAGCCAAGACGCAUAUGCUCAGGAGAGCGCCCAAGCCCCCCUGCUUGUCGGCGCUGUACACUCUCUCCUCGCAAGCUACGCAUGAAGUUGUACAUCUGCUGUGCCAGAUGUUGGUUUUCGACCCGGUAUUUCCUGGCGUUUCUAGCAAUGCCCGCCAAUUGCCUGUUCCACCUAGUAAUGCUGGUAUUCAAUGUCCAUUUAUUUUGAGUUAG